GUCAGAACAAAUAGAAGCCCGUGGAGUCUAAGAUUGUAGCCCAUGGAGCAUUUUUGGUCUAGCGGUAAAAUGCCCCAAAUGUGUUACGACACAACCCCUCUCGUUGAAGCAGAUUUUGCCAGUUUUCUACGUCGUCAGAACACGGCAAACUCCCUCUGCCGCAUUGCUUUCGCCCGCCAUGAGCCUUGACGUGAAUAACUACGCCAAGCCGCAACACGAUUCACCAUCAUCAGAAGAAGAGCUUGUAAUAUUUGGCUGCCGGAAAUCGGAGCUUGCCCAGGUCCAAACUCGUUGGGUCACAUCUUUGCUGGGCCAAACACUCCCCUCCCCUCCCAACUUUCAAAUUGCCACAGGCAGUGCCGUUGGCGAUGUCGAUAAGCAGACGCCCUUUGCGGUCCUCUCCAAGCUGACCGGUGGCUCCGAUAUUGGUAAAAGCCUAUGGACCAAUGACCUGGAAUUGGGCUUGGUGGCCGGCAAGGUUCACUGUCUGGUGCACUGUUUAAAGGACAUGCCAACCACGCUACCACCGCAUUGUCUCCUGGCCGCGGUCCCUGAGCGGGAGGACUGUUCCGAUGCUGUUUGUAUAAGGUCCGACCUGGGAUUCACAUCCAUCGAUCAAUUGCCCCCUGGUUCCAUAGUGGGAACGAGCUCUUCUCGGAGGAAAGCGCUGAUUCGGCGGAAUUGGCCUCAUUUGGAGGUUGUAGAAUGUCGCGGCAACGUAGAUACUCGUCUUGCUAAGCUGGACGCACCUGCUUCCCCAUAUUCAUGCAUUCUCUUGGCGACUGCAGGACUGUUACGCCUCGGACUCGGCCAUCGCAUCACUCAUCGACUGGAUGCUAGCAUAUUCCCUUAUGCAGUAGGUCAGGCCGCCCUCGGCGUUGAGGUGAGCACGGCCCGUCCAGACAUACUCGAGCUGGUCCGCCAUGUCGACCAUAAGCCGUCGCGAUGGCGCGGGAUGGCAGAGCGAGCGAUGCUUCGAAGCCUCCAGGGAGGAUGCUCGUCGCCGAUUGGCGUGCAGUCUUCUCUGGAGCCCGUUAAAAAAGAAGAAAACGGAUUAACAGAGGACUCACAACGAGGCCAUGAUGGUAGCAGCGGCGGCAAUCUUAGCUUGCGAGCCAUGGUCCUUCAUGUAGAAGGAACGUCGGCGAUUGUUGCUGAAGACGUGGCCACCGUCCGGUGCGAUGAAGAAGCCGAACAACUCGGUGUCUCCAUCGCGAACAUGCUUCUUGCCAAGGGGGCGCGGAGCCUAAUGCACAAACAAAUCUAGAUCUAAUUUUCCCCCUGGAACGGAUCUUGAGGGAGGAGGUGUGGGAACACCCUCGGACAGCCUCUUUACACAGGGCUGGCUUGUCUGACAUGGAACUGGUCCUUGCAAACUCUGUAUGCAUGUACGGUAGAACUGUUUUACUGGAGGAGUAAUAUAGCGACGUCGCGGGGCCAUUCCGUUUCAAUAAACUCUUCCUACGAGAAGAGUUACUUUCUAACCGAAAUCUCUGCUGCUUUUCC